AUGAGCGACGUGGCCCUGAUGUCGCUGGCGGCAAGUGUGGAGCUGUUUGACGAUAGUGUCAUGAGCGACAGCAGCCAGAGUAUCGCAUCCACAAAUACCAGCGUGAGCAGAGCCAGCAGAGGCAGCAGAGGCGAGCACGACACCGACUCCGCAGCAUCAACGAAAAGCAACCCACCGUUGCCUGGGUGCGCUGUCACCGCGCAGGCCACCGCCAGUUUCCUCAGAGACCCUCGCGCCGAGCUCUCGUACAUCAUUGCAAGAGACAAGGACAAGGAGCCAGAGAUCGAGGGAGCCGGAACAAAGAUUGAGGGAGGCAGAUCAAAGAUUGACGAAGAGGCAGACGAAGCAAAGAUUGCCGCAGACGAGACAGAUGUGGAGUUGGUGACCUUCUCCAGCAAGGGAUGCAAAACACCCCCAGACGAAGAGGUGCCAGUGGGUGCGAUGAGCCGAUGUCGAAGCCGCGAGGCCAGAGCCAACCUGGCGUUUCUUCGUCUCUACGCGCACGACACCAGCGCCAGAUACAACCGAGUACUAGGGGCCGGCGGCGCCACUGGCGCCAGCACCAGGCAGUGGGCGCGCUCGCUUCGGCAGUUCGACAAGGAGCACGACUUGGCCCGGAUCCUGGCGCUUUCCACCAGAAAACUCUGGGACGGUGUGGUGUUGCCUCCGCGCAGCGACCCGCUCCCCAGGCGGUGUGCCAACUGGCGCGAGUAUGUGAGAACAGAAGACGGUGCGAGGAGAGGAGCGCUUGUGAUGGAACGAAGGGCGGGCGCCAGUCGAGUGGUGCCGUGGGCGCCUCACCGGCGGUGGCUUCGGCCAGCAGGGGAAUUGGUGAUGGGGAAACGGGUGGUGCAGUAUACGGUGAAGGGGUGGGCUCCGGAGAGGGCGAGGCCGGCGAAGUUGGGCGACGAGGUCGACCAGUUUUGA